CCCUGAGGACGCUGUUAGCAACGAUGGAUGAAACGAUGCCUGUGCUACCAGCCAGCACACACAGAGAGAUUGAGAUGGCUCAGAAGUUGUUGAACUCUGACUUGGCAGAGUUGAUAUCAAAGAUGAAGCUGGCCCAGCAGUACGUUAUGACGAGUUUACAAAAGGACUAUAAGAAGCAGAUGUUGAUGGCAGCUCAUGCUCUCGCAGUUGAUGCCAAGAACUUACUGGAUGUGAUCGACCAAUCACGACUCAAGAUGAUUUCUCAGCCACGCCCACAUUAAAAGGAUCAGACAUUUGAACUUUUAUUUUGUGAAAUCCAAAAAGACAAAGGGAAAAGUCAAGUGAAACAAUGGAUGAACAAUGACACAAAAUACUUUGCCUCUUCAAAACAUUUAAUACUUCCUAUGUUUCAGUUGUAUGUUUGUACUUUAUUUUAACUAAGCUUCUCUCCACAACAAUGGACUAUUGAAUUGAAUUAAUCACCAAUUGUUCUUUUUUUUAUCCAUUUUAAAAGUUCUGCAGACUUCAAUGGCUCAGAAAAAGACUAAAAGAGACACUGACAUUGAAACACUUUCCAAAUAUGCAAGAACUGGAUGCCCGAAGAAGACAAUGAAGUGUUGUUUAAAUGUGUUUUUAUAUCAUUAUUAAUUAUUAUGAUUAUUUGCAGCCUUAAGUUCCAAGGUUUGUGUGUCUGUCUUUCAUGUGAAUAGUAUAUAAUUUACUGUACAGUCUCAUAUGUCAUAUUUUGAUGUUAACUUUGCUUCUUUGCAUUCAGAUAUGGACAAACUGAAGAAAACUAAAUUUAAGUUAUCAAGAAUAUGCAGAUAAAAUAUAUUUUUGACAUGAUAAGGAAGAUGAGAUUUAAAGGCCUGAAACAGUAUUCGGGAUGAAAUGGGCAUAAUCUUUAUUCUUUUAUAUUCAAAUUAAUUGUUUUAAAGCAGUGGGUGUAAAAAAGCAAAUCAUUGUUUUAUACUAUUUGCAUUUUCAAGGAUAAUCAAAUACUCUGGUCAGCUCACAAAAGUCAAUAAAACACUGUGAAAACUGAA